UUGCUUAACAUUCAUCUUUGAGUUUAUGCACCUUGCAGGCAAAGUUUCAUGGGAACUGCUUGCCUCGCGAUCUCUGUAGUAGCGGCAGGAGGAGUGGAAGAGAAGAAAGGACGUACACGUUUGUCUCACCUCUCCACUACUUUGGUGAAGGUGGAAGAAGCGGACGGACGCGAUAAUAAUGCAGACAACUGUUCGUUAACCUGCACGGACAGUUAGAAUGGUUCAGCUUUGUCGAGGAGCCGGAGGAGCAUUACAUGUGUUGCCCUGCGUAAGGAGCCAGUGUGAAAGAGGAGAACACAUUUCUAUUGCGCUUUAUAGUUCAACGCAUUUGUAGAAUCGCGCAUCGGUCAAGUCAUGUCUUUUGAAUUCCGAAUACUGAUGUUUGGAAUCGGGACAGCGCUGGUUAUAUUUGUUAUCAUAGCUGAUAUAUCGGAAGUGGAGGAAGAAAUCGCGAACAUUGAGGAUUCACAGAAAUUCCACUUAAAAAGUGUCGCCCUUCAGUCCAACAGAAGUUCAGAUCUGAAUGCUGCCCCUACUUCUCUAGUCGCAUAUAGAAAGAGCAAAGUCUCCUCUCUAACUUCACUGCCUGACAUAAAGCGCAAAACCAGCAAUUCAUCCUCAUCUGAAUGGACUUUCAACAGAACCUUGUCUAACCUCAUCAGGAAAAACAUUUUGAAAUUCCUGGAUGCUGAGAGGGACAUCUCAAUUCUGAAGAGCACCUUUAAACCUGGUGAUGUAAUUCAUUAUAUAUUUGACCGUCAGAGCACCACAAACAUCUCAGAGAAUCUGUACCACCUUUUGCCAACUGUGUCGCCCAUGAAGAAUCAGCAUUACAGACAGUGCGCUAUCGUAGGGAACUCUGGGAUACUACUGAACAGCAGCUGCGGCAGAGAGAUUGACUCACACGACUUUGUGAUUAGGUGUAACUUGGCUCCAGUGGAGGAGUAUGCUGCUGACGUGGGCCUGCGCACCAGCCUGGUGACUAUGAACCCUUCAGUGGUGCAGCGUGCCUUUCAGGACCUGAAUAGCGAGGAGUGGGUGCAUCGUUUCGUCCAGCGGCUGCAGAGCCUCAGUGGCAGUGUGCUGUGGAUUCCUGCCUUCAUGGCUAAAGGAGGAGAGGAGCGAGUGGAGUGGGCCAUCCGUCUCAUUCUCCUGCAUACGGUGAACGUCCGCACCGCCUUCCCCUCCCUGCGUCUACUCCAUGCUGUCAGAGGUUACUGGCUGACCAACCAUGUCCAGAUCAAACGUCCCACCACCGGACUCCUGAUGUACACCAUGGCUACUCGUUUUUGUGAUGAGAUCCACCUGUAUGGCUUUUGGCCCUUCGCUCACGACCCUGAAGGCAAACCGGUCAAGUAUCACUACUAUGAUGCACUAACUUACCACUACACAUCUAGUGCCAGUCCACACACAAUGCCUCUGGAGUUCAGGACCUUAAGUGCUCUUCACAGACAGGGGGCGCUGCGGCUGCACACGGGACCAUGCAAACCUCCUACAUGAGUUCUUUUAACACUGGACCUUAAACGCACACAGAGAAGGAAAUGCUGUGAAAAUGUCUGGACAACCUGAAUAUUUCAGGUAAAUCUCUGACCAUAUGUGAGAACACA